CCGAGCGAGGGACGGCGGGGAGAGCCACCGCGGCGGGCGCCCCCGGGGGUCUAGCAUGCUCGGGGUCCGACGCCGCCUGCCGCCCUCCGCCGCCCCGACCUGACCGCAUCUGCCCCGUCGGCCGCCGCCAGCAUGGGCGAGAGGCUGGAGCUCCGGCUCAAGUCGCCCGUCGGAGCCGAGCCGGCCGUCUACCCCUGGCCCCUGCCCGUCUACAUUUCCUUUUUUAGAUCAUCUCCUGGUGACAAACACCACGAUGCUGCUCAUGAAAUCAUCGAGACAAUUCGGUGGGUCUGUGAAGAAAUCCCAGACCUCAAGCUUGCUAUGGAAAACUAUGUUUUAAUUGACUACGAUACUAAAAGCUUCGAAAGCAUGCAAAGGCUUUGUGACAAAUACAAUCGCGCCAUUGAUAGCAUUCACCAGUUGUGGAAAGGAACCACCCAGCCCAUGAAACUGAACACCCGCCCCUCCAACGGACUUCUCCGCCACAUCCUACAGCAAGUGUAUAACCACUCGGUCACAGACCCAGAAAAACUCAACAACUAUGAGCCCUUUUCUCCAGAAGUGUACGGAGAGACUUCCUUCGACUUGGUGGCCCAGAUGAUAGAUGAGAUAAAAAUGACUGAAGACGAUUUGUUUGUGGACUUGGGCAGUGGUGUGGGUCAAGUCGUUCUGCAAGUCGCCGCAGCCACAAACUGCAAACAUCAUUAUGGGGUGGAGAAAGCCGAUAUCCCCGCCAAAUACGCAGAGAGCAUGGACAAAGAAUUCAGAAAAUGGAUGAAAUGGUAUGGGAAAAAACACGCAGAAUACACACUGGAAAGAGGUGAUUUCCUCUCGGAAGAAUGGCGAGAGAGGAUUGCUAACACGAGCGUUAUAUUUGUGAAUAACUUCGCCUUUGGACCUGAGGUGGAUCACCAGCUGAAGGAGCGAUUUGCAAACAUGAAGGAAGGUGGCCAAAUUGUAUCAUCAAAACCUUUUGCACCGCUGAACUUUAGAAUAAACAGUCGAAACUUGAGCGAUAUUGGCACUAUAAUGAGAGUUGUGGAAUUAUCACCACUGAAAGGGUCUGUCUCAUGGACCGGGAAACCAGUUUCUUACUACCUGCAUACUAUCGAUCGAACCAUACUUGAAAACUACUUCUCUAGUCUCAAAAACCCAAAACUCAGGGAGGAACAAGAGGCAGCUAGACGCCGGCAGCAGAGAGAGAACAAGAGCAACACGACAACUCCAACAAAAGUCCAAGAAAACAAGGAUGAUGGUGCUGAAGAAGAGAAGAAUCCUGGGGCCACUGCUGUCAAAAAGCCAUCUCCGUCCAAAGCGCGCAAGAAGAAGCUGAGCAAAAAGGGAAGGAAAAUGGCAGGCCGUAAGCGCGGACGCCCCAAGAAGAUGAACGUCAUGAAUCCAGAGCGCAAGGCCAAGAAGAACCAAACCGCACUGGAGCUUCUCCACGCUCAAACUGUGUCACAAACGUGCUCAUCCUCUCCUCAGGAUGCCUACAGGUCACCUCAUAGUCCAUUUUACCAACUACCUCCUAAAGUGCAGCGGCAUUCAUCAAACCAGCUGUUGGUGACUCCUACCCCACCUGCACUACAGAAGCUGCUAGACUCCUUCAAGAUCCAGUACAUGCAAUUCAUGGCAUACAUGAAGACUCCUCAGUACAAAGAGAACCUCCAGCAGCUGUUGGAACAGGAAAAGGAAAAGAAUACGCAUUUGCUCGGGAAAGCCCAGCAGUUGUUUUCUCAUUGCCAAGCUCAGAAAGAAGAAAUAAAGCGGCUGUUCCAGCAGAAGCUAGAUGAGCUGGGAGUUAAGGCCUUGACCUACAACGACCUUAUUCAAGCUCAGAAAGAGAUCUCUGCUCACAACCAACAGCUUAAGGAGCAGACCAAGCAGCUGGAGAAAGAUAACGGCGAACUCAGGAACCAGAGUCUGCAGCUGCUGAAGGCCAGGUGUGAAGAACUGAAGCUGGAUUGGUCGACCCUGUCACUGGAGAAUCUGCUGAAAGAGAAGCAGGCACUGAAGAACCAGAUUUCUGAGAAGCAAAAGCAUUGCUUGGAACUGCAGAUCAGCAUCGUGGAACUCGAGAAGAGCCAAAGGCAGCAAGAGCUCCUGCAGCUGAAGUCGUACAUGCCUCCCGACGAAUCGCUGCCAGCGCAGCCGCGCCACAAGAACCACCUGCACCGCGAGUCGGAGCCUGAUCACGGAGCGUUCCAGCUCGAACUGGAGUGCCCCAAGUUCCCGGUGCCCCAGAUCAACGGCAUGAGCCCCGAACUGUCCAUGAACGGCCAUGCCACCCCCUAUGAGAUCCAGCACGCCCUCGGCAGGCCCUCCUCCAAACAGGGCACCCCGCAGUACGCAGCCUCGCACCUGGACCCAGAUAUAGUCCCUUGCACCCCGAACCACAACUGCAGGCAGAAGCCGGACAGGGCCUCGAGCUUGUCCUUGCCGGACUACACCAGGUUCUCCCCAGCUAAAAUAGCCCUGCGGAGGCACCUGAACCAGGACCAUACGGGCGGUGGGAAAUCAGCCAGUAAUGAAAACCAUCAGAGAUCCGAGCACAUAAAAGAGAAUGGUGUCGCGUUUCCGAGCCCGACGAUACCAAACGGCAUAAAGAUGAGCCCUCAGGAACCCCGUCCCUCUUCACCGGCAGCUUUGCCAGCUCCUAACGAGAAGGCUUUCCGGGAGAGGACACCUGUGAGCAACGGGGAGACCAUCACCAGCCUCCCCAUCAGUAUUCCCCUCAGCACGGUGCAGCCCAAUAAGCUCCCUGUUAGUAUUCCCUUGGCCAGCGUUGUCCUCCCUAGCCGUGUUGAGAAGGUGAGAAGCACACCGAGCCCCGUCCACCAGAACCGUGACUCCUUUUCAACACUUGACAAACAAUAUGGUGCUAGUUCUCAUAACGGCGUGAGCGGUGCUGCUGCCAACAAGCCACUGACUUUGGCUACCUCAGGUUUUUCUUACAUGACAGGCUCUGGGUUGGCCAAUGGGACCCUUUCGAACAGCCCUGCCCAGCUUAACCACAGCAUCGACCACGCAGCUCUGGAGGACGGGUCCAGUUCAGGAAGCUUGUUUAAUUCAGUGGGAUCUCGGAGCUCCACUCCGCAGCACCCUUCUCUGCUGGCGAUGCCCUCGCGGAAUUCCGGGCAGAACUCCCCUGCUCAGCAGCACUCCGCAAGCCCCAGGCUGAACGGGGCCUGCCAGAGCCUGGGAGGGGUAUUGCAGUACAUGGACUCCCAGAAAGCCUUCGCUGAAGGGACACGGGGGGACAUGCAGGUGGACGCAGCGUUCUCCGAUCCCGAAAGCGAGGGCAAGCGAAGGAUCAUCUUCACCAUCUCUCCUGCCACGGGAACCAUAAAGCACUCUCCUUCCAGUAAGCACAGCCCGCUUACGGCAAGCAUCCGGAUGGAGUGUGGCCAGGCCUACGUGCAGGACGGGAAGAAGCGCGGCCGGAGGAAGCGGUCCUCCACGGGGACGCCUAGCAUGAACUCUGGGGUGUCGCCAAAACGCAAGUCGUUGCCGAUGGUGGCUGGGCUCUUCACUCAGCCGUCGGGGUCUCCGCUUAAUAUCAGUUCAAUGGUNAGUAACAUUAAUCAGCCCUUAGAAAUCACAGCCAUUUCAUCCCCUGAAAAUUCCCUGAAGAACUCUCCUGUCCCGUACCAGGACAACGAUCAGCCCCCGGUGCUGAAGAAGGAGAAGCCCCUCAUUCAGACCAACGGGAUCCACUACUCGCCACUGACUUCUGACGAGGAGCAGGGCUUGGAGGACGACCACAACAGCACCCGAAUUGAAAGAAAAAUCGCAACGAUAUCACUGGACAGCAAAUCUCCACAAAAGCCAAUGGAGAGCAGCAUCGGCUUAGCUGGGAGAAAGCAAGCCAGCGAAAACAUGAACAGCAGCAAAUGGAAGUCCACCUUCUCUCCAAUCUCGGACAUCAACCUGACCAAAACGGCAGAUAGCCCCCUGCAGGCGGCAUCGUCCCUGAGCCAGAACUCCUUCUUCGCCUUCAGGCCCUCCGCGGAGGACACGGGCGACGGUCCCAAGGCCCACUCGAGGAAGCACGCCGCCGUGUCCGUCACCGGGGCCGAGGGCCUCGGCCAGAGCGGCAGUUCCACGAACGGGUUUGCUUACAACGGCGGGCUGUCGGCAGACAUUGGUUUACAUAGCUUUAUCGACGGUGCUUCGCUCCCGCAUAAACCCACCGAGGUGGCGGCACUGGGGAGCUCCUCGCUGGGGUUCCUGGUGCAGCGGAACAGAGACUCCGGGGUCUCGGAGGCAAACCCCUUCUUGAGUAAAAGGCAGCUAGAAAGCCUGAGCACCGUGAAAGGGGAAGACAUCGGCUGGCCGGGGGCCAAAGGCAAAGAGGCCAGCGAACCGAGUGUCCGGCUGGGGGGUGCUUCGGAAAAGGCCUUGGCGCUCCACAACGGCAAAGCUGGCAAAGGGCGGGAGGCGGAGCUCAAGAACGGCCACAAUCUCUUCAUCUCCGCCGCGGCCGCCGUGCCUUCCGGGGGCCUUCUCAACGGCAAAAGCCUUUCCGCGGCCGCCGCCGGUAACCCGGCCGGUUCGGCCGCCCCCGCUCAGGCGCACCACUCCUUCUUGAACUCCUUGGCCGCCAGCUCGCAGUUCCCCCUCGGCUCCAUGGCCUUGCAAGCGAACCUCAACUCUGUGACAAACUCCUCGGUCCUGCAGUCCUUAUUUAACUCGAUGCCGGCCGCCGCUGCCGCCGGCCUGGUCCACGUGUCAUCGGCGGCGACGCGCCUGACCAACUCGCAUGCCAUGGGGAGCUUCUCUCCCGGGGUUACAGGUGGAACAGUUGGAGGUAACUAGGAUUUCUACCUCAACCAAACAUGACCUAUGCAACGACAACAUGGACCAACUUCUCUCUGUUUCCACUGAAGGUGCUCACCUGGAUUGCUUUUGGGUUUCUGCUUUCCCUCUCCCCGCCCUUCCUUUUCUCCUUUUU